AGUUAUCUUGUGUUUCCUGAUAGACUCUUACAGUCAGCUGUUGCGGGAAAGUUUUGACAUAGUUUGUUAGCUUUGCAUCCACUGUUUUUUAGAUGCUUUGUUUCAUUUCAACCACGCUCCACGCGCUUCGUUUGUCAUCGAACACCGUUCUGUAAAUAUUUAACGAUAUAUAUAUAUAUUAUUUUUAUAUAUAUAUAAAAAAGUUCAGGUAUCAACUUUCGGAAUGAGUUUGAACGAGCACUCCAUGCAGGCUCUGUCAUGGAGAAAGCUGUACUUGAGUCGGGCCAAAUUAAAAGCGACCAGCCGCACUUCAGCGCUUUUGUCGGGCUUCGCCAUGGUUGCCAUGGUAGAGGUACAGCUGGAGCGGGAUCAUAAGUAUCCUCCAGGGCUGCUGAUAGCUUUCAGCGCCUGUACUACAGUUCUGGUGGCAGUGCAUCUCUUUGCCCUCAUGAUCAGCACCUGCAUCCUCCCUAAUCUGGAAGCGGUCAGCAACGUUCACAACCUCAACUCGGUGAACGAGUCUCCCCACGAGCGCAUGCACCGCCACAUCGAGCUGGCCUGGGCGUUCUCCACGGUCAUCGGGACCCUCCUCUUCCUGACGGAGGUGAUGCUAUUGUGCUGGGUCAAGUUCCUGCCCCUCGAUAGCAAGACUGAAGAGAACAACGGCACCAUAAGCUCUGGGGAGGCCGCAGCCAUUGCUUCCACCUGCAUCAUGGUGCCGUUUGGAAUUGUUUUUAUCAUGUUCGCUGUCCACUUUUACCGCACACUCGUCAGUCAUAAAACGGACCGGCAGAUCCGGGAGCUGGAGCAGGUCAUUCGGCUCCAGAACCAGCUGGAACACAGGGUUGAGAACGACGACAUGAAGGCGACUGUCCAUUUCCCCUGAGAACAGCCAAAGAGCACAAAGCGGCAGAGACAUUAAGUAGCGCUUUCAAUUGUCAAGCUUUAAUCUUGUGUUUGUCACAAGUGCUCAGAUGUUUUUGUUUGUCUGUUGCGUUUUUUCUGAAUAUUGCAUGUUCCUGGACCUCUGCAUGUUACACGUGGUAUCAGUUUUACUUUUAGGUGACUGGUAAAUGUUUUGCUCUCAGCUCUGAUAUUUCUGUGACUUGUACUAUGACAUAUUCUCAUAUCAUUAACAUUUCUCUAGGGUUAGUAGUAAUCACUGAAGGAUCCACAUCAACUCAAAUCGGUCACAAUGAGUACAUUUAAGGUGUACUUCCUUGUUUGAAAAUGAACAAGACCAGAAUUUCCCUUCAAUAUUUCUACUUGAAUGAAGUCUAAGAUGAACCGUGUGUUUAUUUCAGGUGUAACAAUUAACUGCUCCAGUUCUUUUGUGCUGCAGAUGGAGGUAAAAGCCACCGCGAGUGCAGCAUCCACCUAUGGCUUUAAUAAUUUUGGAUGGAUUGCUGUUGAUCUCUGCGGUUCUAAUGUUUGUUUGGCUCUAAAUUAGACUUUAUGUGGAUGUAAUACCAAACCUUUACAUUCACGGUGAAUGAUGUGCACGAUGACUGUGCUUUAAGAACAAAGCAACUGAACAAGCCACAUCCUUUUUUUGAAUUUACCAGGUCUCAGUUUUCUGGUCUGUUCGGCACAUCUCGUCCACACUCUCUGAACUGAAUGUUACUUAUCUUAAGUGUAAAUUUUGCAAUAGAGAUCAGUCAACCUUCAGCAAAGAGUCAUCCACCAACCAGAGGGCUCUUACCAUUUGGUAUGACCUACUUUUCAAUGUUACGGUUGUUAGACAGAAAUAAAUGCUAGUGAAACGUUGAAAACCUGUCACUUUAGUUGGCACUGAUUCUCGUAAUUGUGAUUCAAAAAUAGGAAAUUGUACCUUCAGCACGUGGAUACAGCUGAGGACAUAAUCACAUUUAAAUGUGAAUGUCAGUUUUUCCAAAGUCAGCCCAAGUUAGCACGGUUGCUAACGUUAGCUUUUCAGAAUUUAUAAUUAUAAGCCUUUCAAUGGGAAUGCAUGGCUAUUGUUUACGUAACCUAGCAACCGUAACUUGAGGUCGUUUUUGGGGGGGGCCAUCGUGCCAAAUCUUAUUUUCAUUUGCAUUGCCAAGAUUCUUCUUCUCCCCAACUCUUGUGAAAAAUGUGCAUUUUGUUGUUUUCAUGAUCCUAAUUCAUCAAGAGUUCAAAAUCUCUGUUUAUAUUUAUAUAAAACCAUUUAUAAAACCACAGUGUUCGUGUGCAAUCUGAGGAAGUAGAACACUUAAAAAUUUUGUUAAAAUGUUUCACGAGUACUACUUAACCAAGCUGUGUUAUGGUGAUACACAUAUUCUCAUCUAAAGGUUUCACUGGGAGUCAAAGAAAGUUAUCAGCAGGCCAGCAUUUUGAACCCGUUUCUGUGUUUCAGACUCAUUUUUCCUCCUUCAAAGGAAGUUGUGAGCUUUUCUCGCAUUGCAAAUCAAACCAAAUGGAUACUGGUGUUGAAUUUGAAUGUAUUAUUACAAAGCAUGAAUGUAUUGAAAAUGUUGUGUAUGCAUUUGUGUUUUCUUUUUUUUUCAUAGUUUACUAGCUUAAGCAUGUUCACACCAUUUGUUUUUGUUUUUUUUAAGUGUGGAGGAGAAUUUGUGUUCUUUAUGUCUCGUAGCACAUGGUUUGACAGUUUUCUAUUGUGCAAUGUUGAUACAUGUGAGAGAGCCAUGACCACAUUUACAUAUCAGUGUAUUACAUCCCAGAAUAUUGACACACGAUAUUUAAACUAUUUGAAAAAUUAGGCCAUGAUUUUGGAUCAUGUUUGGAUUUUGUUACAUACUGUGUCUGUGUGUAACAAAGAAACGCUGUAACAUUAUUGCUGUAUCAGACAUGGUUCAUACCAAGUCAACAACUGUAGACCAAAUUUAAGUUCAGAUUUUCCUGAACAGAUGAGAAAUCCCUGUGUCAAACAGCAGAAAACAAAGAACUAUGAGCGGUUAAUAGUUUAUUAAAAAGGUCAUGUUGAUGAUGUUUCCUUGAGACCUUUUACAGGGACUUAAAUGGAAAGACUUUUUUUUUUUCAUUCAAAUGCACAAUGUGACUCUCUUCUUGGGGGAAUUGCCACAUGCGACUUCUUUAAUGCAACAACAAUGCAAGUGAAGGCAUGUUACUUUGGUUCAUUAUUGUGGUUUAUUUAUUUAACCAAGUGUAUGUUACUGUACAUAGAGAGAUCCCGCUGUAAAUGCUUUAAAGGGGAUUUUCAGAAAAUACUGUAAUGUGUGUUCUGCUUAUGUGGUGUGUUUGUAAGUCAUGACGCAUGUAGCUUUUUGACCUGGUUACAGUCAACUCAAUGUUUUUUUUGCCACUUAAAAAAAUAAAAAGAACAUUUGAGAUGA